AUGAAGUUCACCCUUCCCAUCAUCAGCCUGCUGGCAAGCACUGCAAUGGCUGCCAUUGGGGACCUCUGCGUGGCCCAGAAUAUUGUCGGCACCUGCCAGACUACCACCUUCUGUAGCAACCGUGGAGGUACCGCACCAGUCGUCGGAGCUUGCCCCAACGACCCCAGCAACGUCAAGUGCUGCCUAUACCCGAGGUGCAGCAGCACCCCCGGGUCUUGUAUGUCCACUGGGGAUUAUUGUCGCUCUGGGAUCCGUCCAGCGAACCAAUGCCCCGGACCCGCCAGCUACAAGUGCUGUGCCACUUGA